CUACACUACACUACACUACACUACAUUACACUCCAUCCCAUCCCCACUAUAAAGUACUAUAUAUCCCCAACUCAAUAAACCAACCUGAUACAAAGACAAUGCCCCAACUCCCCCCCGAUACUCACUCCAAACCUCCCUCCCGCUGGCUCAUCCUCGCCAUCUCCAGCGGCGCCUUUGCAGCCCUGAACGGUCUCUUUGCGAAACUAACAACCGACACCAACACCACCGCCCUCGCAUCCACCAUCUUACAUUUCUUCGGUGCGGCCAGUUCCACGGAGCACCCGUUUAUGGUCUUGGUGAUUAGGGGGAUCUGUCUCGCCCUCAACAUCAUCUGCAACAUAAUCAUGUGGGCCCUCUUCACGCGCGCCCUGACCGCCUCCCCCUCCACCACGAAAGUAUCCAUCACCAACACGGCGGCGAAUUUCCUCGUCACGGCCGUGCUGGGUAUGGGGGUGUUUGGGGAGAGAGUGGGUGGGUUGUGGUGGGUGGGGGCGGGGAUGAUGGGUGCGGGGUGUGUGAUUGUGGGGUUGAGGGAGCAAUAA